AUGAUCCUCGAGAUACUUGUCCUAUCUUUGCUGGGAGUGGCGUUUGGGAAUGCUGUGAUUCCCCGCGACACUCCAUCUGGAUCGAUCAGCUCUCCAGUGCGUUCGUCUGUGCCGGGCACCCUAUCAACUCCCCCGUCUGAACCGACAUGCUACACCAGCAGCCAGUGGCUUGUCAUCUCGAACACCAGCGUCUUCUGGCCGACAUCCACGGACUACCUUUACGGUCCAACCACUGGACCCGGUGCAUCCGAUGUGAUCUGCGCAGCACAGUGGAUGCAAUACGAUAAGCGGUCAAGUGGGCUCUCUAGCAUUGGCCCGACCAAGACCACAACGACGACAUUAUACACUCCCACCAGCACUGGGGCCUGCAGAUCGAGCGUUACCCCCGAAAGAUACUCGGAUAUUCAUACUGGCCCAGUGACAACCCUAUGCGAUGGGGUUGCCCGGGCUCUCGGACCACGAGAAAUCGCAACAGAAUACUUCCCUGGGACUGGACCAUGCAGCACGUUCAGUGUGUCCAGCAGCACAGUCACGCCAGUCUACCGAGAGCCCUCGGCAUCCCCGACAUGCAGACCGGAGUUAGAAGGAUGCAUCGGGGUCUGGCAAACAUAUAGCAGCCUCUCCAGCGAAUACAAAGCAUCAGUCACAUCCCCGAUUCCAGGCGACACAAGGAGCCCCCUGCAGCCCGUGCACUGUCCCAACACCGCUCGAGAUCGCCCUGAGGAGGAUCCUUGCUCGUCAUGCCAUUUCAUCCCAGGCACAGCGACAAUGUUCUACUGGCCCGUGACAACGGCCAACGGAGACCUGUGCGCCCAAAACGGGACAACCAUCCCCGCUACGCCAACCGGCAAUGGCCCUAACACCGCCAUCCUGGAUGAUCACACCCUCGUCUCACCCAGCAUAUAUAUCUCCUUCACCUCGAUCAACGCCUGGAGUAACCGCCGUAAUGGUCACAUAUGUGGUGAACGCUAUUCCAACCAGCUGAUCUCCGUCCAUCCCACUGCCGUCACAUCGCUCCGGGACCACCGCAACGCUCGGUACCCCAGCGAAGGGACUCCAUAUCCGUUUAAUUUUGCCGAGUUCCUUCCCCAGACUAUCGGCAAUUACACACAGUCGCUGAUCCCCUGGCCUCAGUAUCGCGGUGGCUCACAGUGCCCCCUCUAUGAUCCCUCCUGUACGAUGGUUCGUGAUGAUUACCUGCCGUACAUUGAGGUGCCGGCAGAGGCGGCUGAGAUUGAUUCCCACUGGGAGAAGUGUGACCGGAGAUGGCUUGUCCCGGCUGUUACGAUGGUGCCUAUUGUUGAUGGCACUGCUGUGGCUCCUACUCCUACGGGUGAGCCGGAGGACACGUCGAUUGACGUGGAUGCAGUUCCGGAAGGCAUGGUCGCUGCGCCGACGCCGACGCUGACUGGUGCACUAGGGUGGUGA